CGGUGGCGGCGGCGGCUCCGCUCCAGCCCCACACCCGGCAGCAACAUGUGGCUCCUGGAGCGGCUGCGCGGGGUGGCGGAGAACGGCGGGUCCCGGGGCUCGGGGACAGACGAGUCCUCGCGGGGGUCCCGCUACAGCAACGUCCUCACCCCCGACAAGAUCCCCGACUUCUUCAUCCCGCCCAAGCUGAGCGCGGCACCCGCCGAGGCUGAGGGCUCCGAGGUGCCCGCGGGGGCUGCUCUGGGUGCCUCAGUCUCAGAACAGGACCUGGCCAAGCGCAAGCCCCCGCGCAGCCCCCGCCCGUCCAGCCGCUCCCGGUCCCGGACCACCGGGCGGCACAUCAUCCAGAUAGAGACCGCUGAGGACUGGACCGAGGGGAGCUGCGGCACCAACGUGGACCCGCAGGCACAGACGGCCAUGUCGCUGCCCUACGUGCCCAAGGCUCAGACCUCCUACGGCUUUGCCACGCUGAUGGAGAGCCCCCACACCCGGCGCAAAGAAUCCCUCUUCCACAGCGAGCACAGCAGCCUCUGCCCCUCGCCCGUCACCUCGCCCAGCGCCCAGCGCAAAGCCAAGCUCAACGGCGAGAGCGGCCGCCGGACGCCCGCCGAUCUCGGCGCCGCCCUCAUGCACCCCGGCCGGUAUUUCAGCGGCGGAGAGAGCGACACGUGCUCCUCAGCAGAGUCCUCACCCUUCGGCUCCCCGCUGCUCUCCCGCUCCGUGUCCCUGCUGAAGCUCUUCAGCCAGGAGAGCCAGUCCAAGGUCAUCAAGCUGAAGCACUCGGUGGCCCGCAACAGCUCGCUGUCCACCGACGACAGCUCGGCCGACACCAGCCCCAGCGCCCAGCGCCGUGCCAGGAGCGCCCCGGCCGGGACGCAGCCUCCCACCGCCCUGCUGCCCCUGGACCUGCCCGCGGGCCGUGACCGUGACCGGGAGCACAGCCUGCGGCUGAGCCGGGGCGGCAGCCUGCGCCUGGCCGCCGAGUACGACCCCUCCAACGCCCGGCUGCGAGUGCGCCUCGUCUCCGCCGAGGACCUCUACGAUGCCCUCGUCGACCUGCGCAGCAUCAACUGCUGCGUCUCGCUGUGCCUCAACCCCGGGAAGCUGCAGAAGCAGCGCAGCACCAUCGUCAAGAACAGCCGCAACCCCGUCUUCAACGAGGACUUCUUCUUCGAUGGGCUGGGCCCCGGCCACGCCAGGAAGAUGUCCCUGAAGCUCAAGGUGGUCAACAAGGGCAGCAGCCUUAAGCGGGACACGCUGCUGGGGGAGAAGGAGCUGCCACUCACCGCCCUCCUGUCCUGCCUGUACGCGAGGCACAGUUCUGACCGCGCCGUGUUUGCAUGUCGGGGGGAUUCAGGGUGAUCGUGGCUGUUUGCUGAGCUUGUGGUUGAAAACGUGCAGGACAUAAGGAGCUGACACGUCCAUCCUUCACAGGGAGUUUCCCACUUGAGGCUUCCCUGUGCUCCCCCAGGAGCCAGCACGAGGGAUGGUCCCCGGUCCCCAAGAGCCCUGGCUCAUCCUGGGGGCAGGUGAGGGCUCUGGGGAGGGGGGGAUAGGGAGAGGUGUCACAUCCCGGGGUGUGGGGUGAACAUCCUGCCCCUGAGGAUGUCUGGGGCAGGAAGGGUACCCUGCCCAGCUGGCUGCUGCCUGACAGCCCCUGCACACUCACCCCGUGCUCCCUGGGGUGCUGUGCCCGUGAGGGGCUGGGGGGACCCAGGAGCUGCUGGGAUGGGGGGUACAGGCUGCAGGAAGGGGGAAAAUGGGAGCUGGGAUGAAGGUUUUGGUGCUCUGAGAGGUUUGAGGGGCGUCACAUCCCUGCAGAAGGACCGUGUGCCUUUGGGUUUGGGGGAGGGGGAUGCUGAGAGCAGGAGCCCACUGCUCCUUGGGUUGAGGAUCACCCCAGAGGGAGACCCAGGGGCCUGGGGACCCUCGUGCUGUCCUACCCCAGCCUGUCCCAGGGCUGUCCUGUGGAGCUGGGUGUGUGACCAUGCAGGGAGCCCCAGGAUGAGCUGCUCUGAGCCCUGCUCUGAGCUGGGCUGGUGGUGUGGGAGCCAGGGCUGUUGCUUGGAUGGGUCUCUCUGCUGCUGGAGCUAUUUUCUAUUGUUCCUGCUUUGAUAUUUCUGUGGCUGGAUUUAAUGAUGUAUUUUUGGAGUGAAAAAUAUAUUAAUACCUGAAUGGAAUGUUUGUUUACAGAUGAUUUCCUCUUUUUAGUGCAAUAAAGUAAUUUCUAA